AUGCCAGCAAUGCUUAGCCUCUACGAGAUGGGAUGCCUUCUCCUUCUGCAGCGAACUUUCACACGGGAAUUCAUCGAGGAGAGAUGGGUGAGAAGGGCCUAUCAGCACACCAACCAGGGAGUCCUGGUUUCUGUGCAAAUCGCACUAGUUCAUGCCAUGGCGGAGGGUGCUCGCAUGACCCUGAUUUUGUCGGACAUGUUGCAUUCGGCACGGUCAAAUCUGGACUUCUUGGUGCCUGUGCUGAGUACGUUGGCGUGGAACAUCCUGGUCCGGGUGGGGAUGCUUGAUCGUGCUUUGGCGAUCGUCACGUGUGGCAGGAGAACUCCGACACGUUGCAGCUUGCUCCUCCAAGAGGUGAAGUAUAGCAUGGGCCUUCCCAGGUUCUUCGUAGUUCUUGCCAUUGUGCUUGCACGAGUUUUGUCGCGGAAUCCAAUGCUGCUGGUGGGAGAAGAGACGGCCGCUUAUGCCAUCUUGGCAAUUUUCCUCGCCGAAACUUUGCGGAUUACUGACGGCUUGAGCAGAGUUCAUUGA